GAUCUGCCGAGCGAAUCUGAAUAUUCUUUAAGUGGAUCGAGAGAAGAAAAUCGCGUCGUUGGUCGAGAUCGCGAUGAUAGGAGAGAUCGUGAUCGUGGCAGAGGUGAUCGGGAUGAACGUGAGCGCGGUGAUCGCAGUGAUCGCGGGGAUCGAGGGGAUCGUGGAGAUCGUGGGGAUCGUGGGGAUCGUGGAGAUCGUGAACAAUAUCGCGAUAGAGAUCGAGAUCGUGACAGAAAUCGUGAUAGAAAUGGAGGCUUUGCUAGGCAGGAUAGGUUUAGAGGUCGUGAUGACAGACGUGGUGGCGGAGGGUUCGGUGGCGGCCCGAGCGGCGAUGCACCAAGACGUGAUCGAAGUCGCGAAGUUGAUCGGCGUCCUCCUGGGGGUGGGCGUAACGCUGGUCGAGGCCCUCGAAUUACCUCAGCCCUUAUUCGUCGACUUCCUGGAGAAUCUUCAGAUUCUGAAUUUGAUGAUGAUCACACCUAUUGA